GGAAGAAGUAAAUCGGAUCGUUUAUAAAUACGAGACAGAUUUUGACGAGACGUAUUUGUGUCGUUGAUACGGUCGCACGAACAAACAUCUUCUUUCUUCGUUAACGUAAUUUAUUUCUUUUCUCUAUUUUCUUUGUAAUUAAAAUCUAAUCGAAUCUCAUACAUACAUACAUACAUAUAUAUAUAUAUAAUCGAACACAUACAUACAUAUAUAUAUAUAUAUAUAAUUCGUAAGAAAGAAUCGUUCUUCUAUUUUCUAUUAAAGAAAAGAAGAAAAAAUGGUUUUAAACGUACCGAACGUUAAGUUUUACAACGGCAACACUGUUCCUCAAUUUGGAUUGGGUACAUGGAAGUCAAAACCUGGAGAAGUCACUCAAGCUGUCAAGGACGCCAUAGAUAUUGGUUAUCGGCACAUUGAUUGUGCUCAUGUUUAUGGUAAUGAAAAAGAAGUCGGGGAAGCAAUAAAAACGAAAAUUACAGAAGGAGUUGUUACUAGAAAAGAUUUAUUCGUUACUAGUAAACUUUGGAAUACUUUCCACAAACCUGAUUUAGUUGAACCUGCACUCAAAAAGACAUUGAGCGAUCUUGGUCUUGAAUAUUUAGAUCUUUAUUUAAUUCAUUGGCCUAUUGCUUACAAAGAGGGUGAGGACUUAUUUCCAAAAAAUUCUGAUGGUUCUCCCGAAUUUAGCAAUGCUGAUUACAUUGAUACAUGGAAGGCUAUGGAAGGUGUAUUAAAUAAAGGAUUAACGAAGAACAUUGGCGUUAGUAACUUUAACUCCGAGCAGAUUACCAGAUUACUUAAAAACUGUACCGUUAAGCCGGUAACGAAUCAAGUCGAAUGUCAUCCAUAUCUAACUCAAAAAAAAUUGUCUGCAUUCUGUAAAGAAAAAGAAAUUGUUAUUACCGCUUAUAGUCCUUUGGGUUCACCAGAUAGACCAUGGGCUAAACCAGAUGAUCCAAAAUUAUUGGAGGAUGUGAAGUUAUUGGAACUUGGAAAGAAAUAUAAUAAGACACCAGCGCAGAUUCUUUUGCGUUAUCAAUUGGAUCGUGGACAUGUGGUAAUUCCAAAAUCCGUUACCAAAUCACGUAUUGCCGAAAAUAGUAAUAUUUUCGAUUUUCAACUUAAGCCUGACGAUAUCGCGUACAUCGAUUCUUUUGACUGUAAUGGAAGAAUCUGUCCAAUGACAGGAUCUGAGGGCAGUCCUUAUUUUCCGUUUGCCAUUCCUUUCUAAGUAAUACACAUGAUAAAUGAAAUUAGAUUUAGUCGUGCAUAAAAAUAUUACGAAAAACCUUAUAAGAUAUGUGUGUCGUACAUAUGUUCUUUGUUAAAUACAUUCAUGCAUACGUUCGUAUUUUUCUACGCAUGUAUUUCGAUAUUCAUAGAAAAUAAAUUUUCGUUAAAUAAGGAAA